AUGUCUGAUGAUUAUUUGGAUAAGUUUUUGAAGGAUCUUAAUAUCACUUGGUUGACAUCUCACAAGAACAAAAACUUACCUAUAAAUAUUUAUAAGGGCAAUAUCUUACUAUCAGACAAUAGACAACUACUGCUCCAAAUGUAUUCUUGA